AUGACCUUGCUGCUCAUUGCGUUUGAGUUUAUCCAAGGCAACAUGAAGAACGUUGACUCUCUGAUGGGCACUGGCAUGCGUCUUUUAGAAAACAAGAUCACAUUGUUACACGACUUACAGUCAGAACAUGGAUCUAACAACAGCGUGGAGUAUACAUCGUCUCAUUUACGAAGCAAUGUUCCCGAUGAUGAGAUGGACGACAUCGAGCACCUGCUGCCGUGUCUGUGCCUCAUGGCCGGCUUCACCCAUUUCUUCCAGUCGCACCGUAACAGCGUGCUCUUGAUGAACAGCAGCCCGAAACUUCAACUUCCCAAGCCAGGUGUCACUGUUUUGGCGAAACUUCAGACGCUAUGGGGCCAGUUCUUCACGCGAGCUGUUGUACAUGUUAUGCGCACAGUGCACGAUCAGCUCAACUACAACCCAAGGGACUUGACAAAGGCAGCGGAAGAACAGGAGCGCUUCGUGGAGUACAUAGGCAUGUGGAAUGGCGCUUUGGAAACAUACCUCAACGAUCCAACGAUCGAUGCGGAUGCAAGACGAACUCUGGACAGCAUACAAAUCCAACGACUUUUAAUUCACAUUGUCAUCAGUUGUAGUCUUGACCGCAGCGAGAUGAUGUACGACAUGUUUGAAGAAGAGUUUAGGGAGCUUCUGCACCGGGUCGUUUGUUAUCUGCGAGAUCCCGGCCCGAUAUCGAAAGUGUCCUUCACCUUCUCAGAGGGCUUGACGUCUCCGCUGGCUAUGAUCAUUGGGAAGUGCCGGAACCAUGACUUGAGAAUGCAGGCUAUUCAUGUAUUAAACAACCUAUCAUGGAGGGAGAGCGCCUUUGAUGGGCAGGCUUUGGUAAUUGGCAAGUCAGGCGUCGUUUUGCUCGAGGAGCGGGGCAUGGACGAGAAUGGGUUCAUCCCGCCCGAUUCGAGAUGGAUUUGGAUGUCGGGCAAGUGGGAUAUCGAGAAGCGAGAGCUUCUCGCGACGUAUUUCAGGUUGACGCCGAACGAGGACGGCACGCCCUGUCAUACACAGCUCACACUCGACAUGGACAAUCUGAUGCACAGCUGCGGCCUAAUAGGGUGCCCGGGGCGUCACGACCCUUUUCAGAAUUAUGUAGUGUGA